AUGGCGGCGCUGGGGGAACCUGUACGGCUGGAACGGGAUAUCUGUAGAGCAAUUGAAUUGUUGGAAAAACUACAAAGGAGUGGGGAGGUACCACCACAGAAACUUCAGGCUUUACAAAGAGUCCUGCAAAGUGAAUUCUGCAAUGCUGUAAGAGAGGUCUAUGAACAUGUCUAUGAGACUGUGGACAUCAGCAGCAGUCCUGAAGUGAGAGCUAAUGCUACUGCAAAGGCUACUGUUGCUGCAUUUGCUGCCAGCGAAGGACAUUCUCAUCCUCGAGUUGUUGAGCUUCCAAAAACAGAAGAGGGCCUUGGGUUCAAUAUCAUGGGAGGCAAAGAACAAAACUCUCCUAUCUAUAUAUCUCGAAUAAUCCCAGGAGGAAUUGCUGAUAGACAUGGGGGCCUCAAGCGAGGAGAUCAACUUCUCUCUGUUAAUGGAGUGAGCGUGGAAGGAGAACAUCACGAAAAAGCUGUAGAACUGCUAAAAGCAGCUCAAGGAAAGGUUAAAUUAGUAGUGCGAUAUACACCUAAGGUCUUAGAAGAAAUGGAGUCACGUUUUGAAAAAAUGAGAUCAGCCAAACGCAGGCAGCAGACCUAA